AAUGAUGGUGAAACUUCUUUAUGUGCAGUUCAACUCCUUUUUUGCAGAAAUGUGGUUAGAUUUUAUGGUGUAGUACAGAACAAGGGCGACAACAGUGCGAUGAUUGUUAUGGAGUUCAUUGAUGGUGGCGCAUUGGACGAAUACCUUAGAAAAAACUCAGAUGUUUCGACAAAAGCAAGAGUGGGCUAUGCCGUUGAUGUUGCAAUUGGCCUCGUCUACUUACAUUCAAAAGGUUGUAUGCACAGGGACAUUGCUUGUCGGAACUGUCUCAUCGACGUGAAGAAAGGUGUCGUGAAAAUCAGCGAUUUUGGCAUGUCAAAGCAAGCAGAAUUCUAUGAAAUUCCCAGCACUGAAAAACUCCCAAUCAAAUGGCAAGCUCCAGAAGUUAUCUCAACACGAGUGUAUACGGCAAAAUGUGAUGUUUACUCUUACGGUAUACUCCUUUGGGAGAUCUUCAAUAAUGGCCAAGUACCUUACAAAGGUAUCGAUAACAAAACUGUCAGAGAAAAGAUAUCUGACCCUAAAUUUCGUCCGCCAACUGAUGCCACCCUUCCCAUUGUUAUAUAUCGAGUGAUGAAAACCUGUUGGAGAGGAAAUCCUGUGAAAAGACCGGCAAUGGAACAAGUUGCUCGCUAUCUUGCUAAUGCUCCUCCAGAAUUGUGA